GAAGGCAAAUGUUCCCCCAGCUGUUUCCUGUCUACAGUGUCUGUGUUUUGUAGAUAAAUGUGAGGAUUUUCUCUAAAUCCCUCUUCUGUUUGCUAAAUCUCACUGUCACUGCUAAAUUCAGAGCACAUAGAGCCUGCGCAAUGGAAUAAAGUCCUCAAAAUUGAAAUGUGACAUUGCUCUCAACAUCUCCCAUCUCUCUGGAUUUCUUUUUGCUUCAUUAUUCCUGCUAACCAAUUCAUUUUCAGACUUUGUACUUCAGAAGCAAUGGGAAAAAUCAGCAGUCUUCCAACCCAAUUAUUUAAGUGCUGCUUUUGUGAUUUCUUGAAGGUGAAGAUGCACACCAUGUCCUCCUCGCAUCUCUUCUACCUGGCACUGUGCCUGCUCACCUUCACCAGCUCCGCCACGGCUGGACCGGAGACGCUCUGCGGGGCUGAGCUGGUGGAUGCUCUUCAGUUCGUGUGUGGAGACAGGGGCUUUUAUUUCAACAAGCCCACAGGGUAUGGCUCCAGCAGUCGGAGGGCGCCUCAGACAGGCAUCGUGGAUGAGUGCUGCUUCCGGAGCUGUGAUCUGAGAAGGCUGGAGAUGUACUGCGCACCCCUCAAGCCUGCCAAGUCAGCCCGUUCUGUCCGUGCCCAGCGCCACACCGACAUGCCCAAGACCCAGAAGUAUCAGCCCCCAUCUACCAACAAGAACAUGAAGUCUCAGAGGAGAAGGAAAGGAAGUACAUUUGAAGAACGCAAGUAGAGGGAGUGCAGGAAACAAGAACUACAGAAUGUAGGAAGACCCUCCUGAGGAGUGAAGAGUGACAUGCCACCGCAGGAUCCUUUGCUCUGCACGAGUUACCUGUUAAACUUUGGAACACCUACCAAAAAAUAAGUUUGAUAACAUUUAAAAAGAUGGGCGUUUCCCCCAAUGAAAUACACAAGUAAACAUUCCAACAUUUUCUUUAGGAGUGAUUUGCACCUUGCAAAAAUGGUCCUGGAGUUGGUAGAUUGCUGUUGAUCCUUUAUCAAUAAUGUUCUAUAGAAAAGAAAAUAUAUAUAUAUAUAUAUACCUUAGUCCCUGCCUCUCAAGAGCCACAAAUGCAUGGGUGUUGUAUAGAUCCAGUUGCACUAAAUUCCUCUCUGAAUCUUGGCUGCUGGAGCCAUUCAUUCAGCAACGUUGUCUAAGUGGUUUAUGAAUUGUUUCCUUAUUUGCACUUCUUUCUACACAACACGGGCUGUUUGUUUUACAGUGUCUGAUAAUCUUGUUAGUCUAUAUCCACCACCUUCCUUCAUAAUCUUUAUAUUUGCCGAAUUUGGCCUCCUCAAAAGCAGCAGCAAGUCGUCAAGAAGCACACCAAUUUCUAACCCACAAGAUUCCAUCUGUGGCAUUUGUACCAAAUAUAAGUUGGAUGCAUUUUAUUUUAGACACAAAGCUUUAUUUUUCCACAUCAUGCUUACAAAAAAGAAUAAUGCAAAUAGUUGCAACUUUGAGGCCAAUCAUUUUUAGGCAUAUAUUUUAAACAUAGAAAGUUUCUUCAACUCAAAACAGUUCCUUCAAAUGAUGAGUUAAUGUACAACCUAAUUAGUAACUUUCCUCUUUUUAUUUUUUCCAUAUAGAGCACUAUGUAAAUUUAGCAUAUCAAUUAUACAGGAUAUAUCAAACAGUAUGUAAAACUCUGUUUUUUAGUAUAAUGGUGCUAUUUUGUAGUUUGUUAUAUGAAAGAGUCUGGCCAAAACGGUAAUAGGUGAAAGCAAAACAAUAGGGGAAGCCUGGAGCCAAAGAUGACACAAGGGGAAGGGUACUGAAAAUGCCAUCCAUUUGGGAAAGAAGGCAAAGUCCCCCCAAUUAUGCCUUCCGAGAGGAACUUCAGACACAAAAGUCCACUGAUGCAAAUUGGACUGGUAAGUCCAGAGAGGAAACUGUGGAAUGGAAAAAGCAGAAGGCUAGGAAUUUUAGCAGUCCUGGUUUCUUUUUCUCACUGAAGAAACAAACAUCUGCCAGCUGUGUCAUGGACUCACCACUGUGUGACCUUGGGCAAGUCACUUCACCUCUCUGUGCCUCAGUUUCCUCAUCUGCAAAAUGGGGGCAAUAUGUCAUCUACCUACCUCAAAGGGGUGGUAUAAGGUUUAAAAAGAUAAAGAUUCAGAUUUUUUUUACCCUGGGUUGCUGUAAGGGUGCAACAUCAGGGCGCUUGAGUUGCUGAGAUGCAAGGAAUUCUAUAAAUAACCCAUUUAUAACAUAGCUAGAGAUUGGUGAAUUGAAUGCUCCUGACAUCUCAGUUCUUGUCAGUGAAACUAUCCAAAUAACUGGCCAACUAACUAGUUGUUAAAAGCUAACAGCUCAAUCUCUUUUAAAACACUUUUCAAAAUAUGUGAGAAGCAUGUGAUUUUCAAUUUGAUUUUGAAUUCUGCAUUUCAUUUUAUGAAUACAAAGAUAAGUGAAAAGAGAGAAAGGAAAAGAAAAAAGGAGAAAAACAAAGAGAUUUCUACCAGUGAAAGGGGAGUUAAUUACUCUAUUUGUUAGUACUCACUGACUCUUCUAUGCAGUUACUAUAUAUCUAGUAAAACUUUGUUUAAUACUAUAAAUAAUAUUCUAUUCAUUUUGAAAAACAUAAUACUUCCUUCUUUUCUACGCAAUAUAAGGAAAGUGACCCCAAAUUUGAAAUAUUAAAAUAAUAUCUAAUAAAAAGUCACAAAGUUAUCUUCUUUAACAAACUUUACUCUUAUUCUUAGCUGUAUAUACAUUUUUUAAAAAUUGUGUUAAAACUUGCUUGACUAGAGUUGCCAAUUGAAAGGCAAAAACUUCCAUCAAAACAAGAAAUUUCCCAUGCCUGCUUAGAAGGGUAGCCCCUAGCUCUCUGUGAAUGUGUUUUAUCCAUUCAACUGAAAACUGGUAUCAAGAAAGUCCACUGGUUAGUGUAUUAGUCCAUCACAGCCUAGAAAAUGAUCCCCAUCUGUAGAUCAAGAUUUUCUCAUUAGAACAAUGAAUUAUCCAACAUUCAGAUCUUUUUAUUCACCUUAGGACUUUUUGGUUAAAAGUAUCCAGACUUGAUUAUUUCAUGCAAAUUGUAUAUUUUACAUUCUUGGAAAGUCUAUAUGAAAAACAAAAAGAACAUCUUCAGUUUUUCUCCCACUGGGUCACCUCAAGGAUCAGAGGCCAGGAAAAAAAAAAAAGACUCCCUGGAUUUCUGAAUAUAUGCAAAAAGAAGGUCCCAUUUAGUGGAGCCAGCAUUCCUGUUCAGUCAACAAGUAUUUUAACUCUCAGUCCAACAUUAUUUGAAUUGAGUACCUCAAGCAUGCUUAGCAAUAUUCCAAUCACUAUGGACAGAUGUAAAAGAAACUAUACAUCAUUUUUCCCCUCUGCCUGUUUUCCAGACAUACAGGUUCUGUGGAAUAAGAUACUGGACUCCUCUUCCCAAGAUGGCACUUCUUUUUAUUUCUUGUCCCCAGUGUGUACCUUUUAAAAUUAUUCCCUCUCAAAAAAACUUUAUAGGCAGACUUCUGCAGACUUACGUGUUUUCUGUCAUAGUUAGAUGUGAUAAUUCUGAGACUGUCUAUGACUUAUUUCCUUCACUUAAUUCUAUCCACAGUCAAAAAUCCCCCAAGGAGAAAAGCUGAAAGAUGCAUUGCCAUAUUAUCUUUCUUAACUUUUUCCAACACAUAAUCCUCUCCAACUGGAUCAUACAUAAAUUGAAAAUAACUCAUUAUACCAACUCACUAUUUUAUUUUUUAAUGAAUUAACACUAGAAGACAAAUUGAUGCAAACCCUGGAAGUCAGUCGAUUACUAUAUACUCCAGCAGAAUGACUCGGAUUUCAUAGAAAGGAGCAAACAAAAUAUCACAACCCAAAAUUUUACAAGCUUUGCUUCAGAAUUAGAUUGCUUUAUAAUUCUUGAAUGAGGCAAUUUCAAGAUAUUUGUAAAGGAAUGGUAAACAUUGGUAGGAAUGAGCUUUCAACUCAUAGGCUUAUUUCCAAUUUAAUUGACCAUACUCGAUACUUAGGUCAAAUUUCUGUUCUCUCUUCCCCAAACAGUAUCAAAGUAUUAUUUGAACUUUUUAAGAUGAGGUGGUUCCCCUGAAAAGUUAAUGCAGCGCUCCAUCAGAAUCCACUCUUCUAGGGAUAUGAAAAUCUCUCAACACCCACUCUACAUACACAGACACAGACACAGACACAGACACACACACACACAUUCACCCUUAGGAUCCAAUGGGAUACUGAAAAGAAAUCACUUCCUUGAAAAUUUUACUAAAGAACAAACAAACAAAAGCCUGUCUUCCCUUGAGAAUCCUUCCUCCCCUUGGAACAUCAAUCUUUGUGUAGAUGAAACCAUCUCAUGCUCUAUGGCUCCAGGGUUUCUGUUACUAUUUUAUGCACUUGGGAGAAGGCUUAGAAUAAAAGAUGUAGCACAUUUUGCUUUCCCAUUUAUUGUUUGGCCAGCUAUGCCAAUGUGGUGCUAUUGUUUCUUUAAGAAAGUACUUGACUAAAAAAAAAAAAAGAAAAAAAGAAAAAAAAGAAAGCAUAGACAUAUUUUUUUAAAGUAUAAAAACAACAAUUCUAUAGAUAGAUUGCUUAAUAAAAUAGCAUUAGGUCUAUCUAGCCACCACCACCUUUCAACUUUUUAUCACUCACAAGUAGUGUACUGUUCACCAAAUUGUGAAUUUGGGGGUGCAGGGGCAGGAGAUGGAAAUUUUUUAAAGUUAGAAGGCUCCAUUGUUUUGUUGGCUCUCAAACUUAGCAAAAUUAGCAAUAUAUUAUCCAAUCUUCUGAACUUGAUCAAGAGCAUGGAGAAUAAACGUGGGAAAAAAGAUCUUACAGCCAAAUAGAAGAAUUUAAAAGAUAAGUAAGUUCCUUAUCGAUUUUUGUGCUCUCUGCUCUAAAAUAGAUAUUCAGCAAGUGGAGAAAAUAAGAACAAAAAGAAAAAAUACAUAGAUUUACCUGCAAAAAAAUAGCUUCUGCCAAAUCCCCCUUGGGUAUUUUUUGGCAUUUACUGGUUUAUAGAAGAUAUUCUCCCUUCACCCAGACAUCUCAAAGAGCAGUAGCUCUCAUGAAAAGCAGUCACUGAUCUCAUUUGGGAAAUGUUGGAAAGUAUUUCCUUAUGAGAUGGGGGUUAUCUACUGAUAAAGAAAGAAUUUUUGAGAAAUCGUUGAAAGAGAUGGCUAACAAUCUGUGAAGAUUUUGUUUCUUGUUUUUACUUUGUUUUUGUUUUUGUUUUUUUUUUUUACUUUAUACAGUCUUUAUGAAUUUCUUAAUGUUCAAAAUGACUUGGUUCUUUUCUUCUUUUUUUUAUAUUGGAAUGAGGAAUAAUAAGUUAAACCCACAUAGACUCUUUAAAACUAUAGGCUAGAUAGAAAUGUAUGUUUGACUUGUUGAAGCUGUAAUCAGACUAUUUAAAAUGUUUUGCUAUUUUUAAUCUUAAAAGAUUGUGCUAAUUUAUUAGAGCAGAACCUGUUUGACUCUCCUCAUAAGAAAGAAUCUUUCCAUUCAGAUCACACGGGCUUUCCACCAAUAUUUUCAAAAGAUAAAUCUGAUUUAUGCAAUGGCAUCAUUUAUUUUAAAAUAGAAUUGUGAAACUUUAUGCCCCUCCCUUGCAAAGAUCAUAAAGUCCAGAUCUGGUGGGGGGCAGCAACAAAAGGAAAAUGUUGUUGAUUCUUGGUUUUGGAUUUUGUUUUGUUUCCAAUGCUAGUGUUUAAUCCUGUAGUACAUAUUUGCUUAUUGCUAUUUUAAUAUUUUAUAAGACCUUCCUGUUAGGUAUUAGAAAGUGAUACAUAGAUAUCUUUUUUUGUGUAAUUUCUAUUUAAAAAAGAAAGAAGACUGUCAGAAGCUUUAAGUGCAUAUGGUACAGGAUAAAGAUAUCAAUUUAAAUAAUCAAUUCCUAUCUGGAACAAUGCUUUGGUUUUUUAAAGAAACCUCUCACAGAUAAGACAGAGGCCCAGAGAAUUUUUGAAGCUGUCUUUAUUCUGCCCCCAUCCCAACCCAGUCAUUAUUUUAGUAUCUUGCUCAGAAUUUUAUAGAGGGCUGACCAAGCUGAAACUCUAGAAUUAAAGGAACCUCAUUGAAAACAUAUAUUUCACGUGUUCCCUCUUUUUUUUUUUUUUUUUUUUUGAGAUGGAGUCUCACACUGUCCCCCAGGCUGGAGUGCGGUGGCAUGAUCUCGGCUCACUGCAACCUCUGUCUCCUGAGUUCAAGCGAUUCUCCUGCUUCAGCCUCUCGAGUAGCUGGGAUUACAGGCACCCACCACCAUGCCCAGCUAAUUUUUUGUAUUUUUAGUAGAGACGGGGUUUCACCAUUUUGGCCAGGUUGGUCCCGAACUCCUGACCUUGUGAUUUGCCUGCCUCAGCCUCCCAAAGUGCUGGGAUUACAGGCGUGAGCCACCACACCCUGCCCAUGUGUUCCCUCUUAACGUAUAAUUACAUUGAUUGUAAACAUGGUCCUUCUCUCCUCAUUCUUCAACUAUCUUUGAUAGGGGUCUUUCAAGGGGAAAAAUAUCCAAGCUUUUUUAAAAUUUAAAAAAAAAAGAGAGGACACAAAACCAAAUGUUACUGCCCAACUGAAAUAUGAGUUAAGAUGGAGAUAGAGUUUCUCCUGAGAAACUCUGAGUUGAAUUACCUGAGCUGAAUUACCUGUCACUUUCAGAAACAUGACCUUCCACAAUCCUUAGAAUCUGCCCUUUUUUUUUUUAUAUAUUACUGAGGCCUAAAAGUAAACAUUACUCAUUUUAUUUUGCCCAAAAUGCACUGAUGUAAAGUAGGAAAAAUAAAAACAGAGCUCUAAAAUCCCUUUCAAGCCACCCAUUGACCCCACUCACCAACUCAUAGCAAAGUCACUUCUGUUAAUCCCUUAAUCUGAUUUUGUUUGGAUAUUUAUCUUGUACCCGCUGCUAAACACACCACAGGAGGGACUCUGAAACCUCAAGCUGUCUACUUACAUCUUUUAUCUGUGUCUGUGUAUCAUGAAAAUGUCUCUUCAAAAUAUCAAAACCUUUCAAAUAUCAUGCAGCUUAUAUUCAGUUUACCUAAAGGGCCCAAAUACCAUGUCAGAUCUCUUUUUGGUAAAAGAGUUAAUGAACUAUGAGAAUUGGGAUUACAUCAUGUAUUUUGCCUCAUGUAUUUUUAUCACACUUAUAGGCCAAGUGUGAUAAAUAAACUUACAGACACUGAAUUAAUUUCCCCUGCUAUUUUGAAACCAGAAAAUAAUGACUGGCCAUUCAUUACAUCUGUCUUAGUUGAAAAGCAUAUUUUUUAUUAAAUUAAUUCUGAUUGUAUUUGAAAUUAUUACUCAAUUCACUUAUGGCAGAGGAAUAUCAAUCCUAAUGACUUCUAAAAAUGUAACUAAUUGAAUCAUUAUCUUACAUUUACUGUUUAAUAAGCAUAUUUUGAAAAUGUAUGGCUAGAGUGUCAUAAUAAAAUGGUAUAUCUUUCUUUAGUAAUUACAUUAAAAUUAGUCAUGUUUGAUUAA